AUGGUAGGAGAAGCAGAAGCUGUUAAAACGACGGAGAAAGAUAUGGAAGAACAGAUGGAAGUAGUAGAAGAGGAGUUGGAAGAAGAAGAGGUGGAAGAAGAGACUGGAGAAGGAGAAGACGCACCGAAAUCCAGAGACAUCCGACGAUACUUCUGCAAAUACUGCGGAAUUUGCCGAUCCAAGAGGGCUCUCCUCGCAUCUCACGUCCUUUCCCAUCACAAGGAAGAGAUGAGCGAGAAUGAUGGAGAUGGAGAAGGUAAGGAGGACAAAUCCAAUACUUGUGAAGAAUGCGGUGCUAGUUUCAGGAAGCCGGCGUAUCUGAAACAGCAUCUAAGGAGUCACUCGCUUGAGAGGCCAUUUAGGUGUCAGGUGGAAGAUUGCCAUUCAAGUUACCGGAGAAAGGAUCACCUGACUCGGCAUUCCCUUAAGCACGAAGGGAAGCUUUUUAAUUGUCCUAUCGAGAGUUGCAGCAAGGAGUUCAUGUAUCAAGGCAAUGUGAAGAGGCAUGUUGAAGCUAUGCACUGUGAAUCAUCCAAUGACACUGGAGGGGAAAAACAAUGUGUUUGCAAGGAGCCUGGUUGUGGGAAGGCCUUCAAAUUUCCAUCAAAGCUUCAAAAGCAUCAAUAUUCUCAUGUGAAGCUAGAUUCCGUUGAAGCCAUGUGCUUAGAACUGGGCUGCAACAAGCAUUUCUCCAAUGAAAAAUGCCUGAGAGCCCACAUUCAGACAGCCCACAGGUACAUGAAUUGUGAGAUUUGUGGUUCGAAACAACUAAGGAAGAACAUCAAGAGACAUCUGAGAACCCAUGAAGCAGGCAGCGAGACAACAGAGCGGGUUGCGUGUCACCAUGAUGGCUGUAGCCUCACGUUUUCAUCUAAAACAAAUCUCAACCAGCAUGUGAAGGCUGUUCAUCUUGACGUCAAGCCGUAUGGCUGCAGUUUCCCUGGCUGUGGCAAGAAAUUCUCCUACAAACAUGUUCGUGAUAAUCACGAGAAAUCCGGUUGCCAUGUCUACUCUUGCGGUGAUUUUCAGGAAUCCGACGAGCAGUUCCGAUCUAGACCUAGAGGUGGGGUGAAGAGGAAAUGUCCGACUGUCGAGAUGCUGUUGACACGGAAGAGGGUUUCUCUGCCACCAAUCUUUGACUAG